CGUAGCCCUUUACCGACCAAUCACAGGCGUCUCGCGUCAAAACACUUCCGCUAUGCUCCUCAACUUGUCUUUCCACUGGAGCGGCCGAUGUGACCAGAUAUCAGAGUGAUUACCACGUAGCUCGUAGGCUAAGGACAGACGUAAAGAUGCCCCCUAAAAAGGGAGAAGCCCCGAAGCAGCCACCAUUGAUUGGACGUUUUGGAACAUCUCUGAAAAUUGGGAUUGUGGGAUUGCCUAAUGUUGGGAAGUCCACAUUUUUCAACGUGCUGACUAAAAGCCAAGCUGCCGCUGAGAACUUUCCCUUCUGCACAAUUGAUCCAAAUGAGAGCAGGGUACCUGUUCCUGAUGAGCGUUUUGAUUUCCUCUGUCAAUACCACAAACCAGCCAGUAAGGUACCUGCUUUCCUAAAUGUUGUGGACAUUGCUGGGCUGGUGAAGGGUGCUCACUCAGGACAAGGACUUGGAAAUGCUUUCCUCUCCCACAUCAGUGCCUGUGAUGGCAUUUUCCACAUGACUCGAGCAUUUGAUGAUGAAGACAUUAUCCAUGUGGAGGGUAACGUUGACCCAGUGAGGGACAUAGAGAUCAUCCAUGAGGAACUGCGACUAAAAGAUGAGGAAAUGAUCGCUCCAGUCAUUGACAAGCUGGAGAAAACUGCAGUCAGAGGAGGCGACAAAAAACUGAAACCUGAAUAUGAUAUCAUGUUAAAGGUGAAGAACUGGAUCGUGGAUGAGAAGAAACACAUCCGAUUCUACCAUGAAUGGAAUGACAAGGAGAUUGAGGUCUUGAACAAAUACUUGUUUCUGACAUCCAAGCCUAUGAUUUACCUGGUGAAUCUCUCUGAGAAGGAUUACAUCAGAAAGAAGAACAAAUGGUUGGCUAAAAUCAAGGAGUGGGUAGAUGCUCAUGAUCCCGGUGCUAUGGUUAUCCCACUGAGUGGAUCUCUGGAGUCUAAACUCCUGGAUAUGGAGGAGGAGGAGAGAGACAAGUAUUGCGAAGAACAGAAGACACAGAGUGUUCUGACCAAAAUAAUAAAGACGGGCUAUGCAGCGCUACAGCUAGAGUACUUCUUCACAGCGGGACCAGAUGAGGUGCGAGCGUGGACUGUCAGGAAAGGUUCCAAGGCUCCUCAAGCUGCUGGAAAAAUUCACACUGACUUUGAGAAAGGCUUUAUCAUGGCUGAGGUGAUGAAGUUCAGUGACUUUAAAGAAGAGGGCAGUGAAAGUGCCGUCAAGGCUGCUGGGAAAUACAGGCAACAGGGCAGAAACUAUAUCGUCGAAGAUGGGGACAUUAUAUUUUUCAAAUUCAACACACCUAAUGCUCCCAAAAAGAAAUAAUGAGGCUGCACUGUCAUCAGAACGAAAAAUCAGAAUACAGCUUAGUCAAGACCCUAAGAGCUACCACUCACUGGUUUUCCUCCUCCUUUCUUAAGUUCAGAAGAACAACAUGCAUCCUUGGUUUGGGCAGAGAUACUUAAGUGACCUUCCAGGUCUGGACCAGAAUUUUUUUAUCAUUAUUGUCAUUCUGUAUUUCUGUACACAGAACACAUUCCUGUGUAAGAUUGAUUGCUUCCUUUCUAAAUUAGCUCACAGAGUCCAAGCCUUAUAUUCCAAAUUUCACUCUGAACAAAAGCUGCAACUGAAAUAAAAACUGUACUCAAUUUAAUUUAAAAUUUAAGCUUUCAAGAAACUACAUCACUUUGACCUGUAUAUUCUUUUAAGACAAGACUAGGGAGUUGGUGAGCUUGCACUGUGGAUCAGUGCUUGUGCACUUUUCUAAAUGUCUUUUGAUUGCAUAAGCUACAGUGCUCUCAAAGGAAAGCAACUGAAUGGUUUUGUUUAUUUUGACUAAACCCAAAUGUAAGACGGUUUCCUUCAUGGUGACUGCGAAUUAACUGACAGGGAUUUAGAUCCGGGUGAGUCUGUUAAUUUGGUUUUUAUUAAUGGCAGAUGUUCUGAAAUUUUGGGUCUUAGAAAAAAUUAGGAGACAGCAAUAAUGAGAUAUUAGAUUAGGUUUGUAAACUAUAGCCACACUAAGGUUGUCUUUGCUUAAAAUUUGAAAAAAUGAUUGGUACUUUUUUAGUUUCUCCUUACUUACUUCACAGUCAUAACACUUCAGACUAAUACUUAAAUGUAUGGACUCGUUUGUAUAACAUUUGACCAGCAGGGUUUUUAUUUUUAAGAGAAGGCCAUCACUAAGUGCUAACACUCAAGGCCUAGUACUGUGCUGUAUUCUGAACAGGAACGACGUUAUUAUGUGUUAAGGGCAAAGAAGGCAUCCUUAACAGUGCCUGAUCAGACUGAACAGAGAAUGUUGUUGUACAAGCUGCUUUUAUUGAUUUAUGUUUGGGCUCAUAAAAAAACACAAUGCUUCAUAAGAAAACAACAACUAUAGGAUUGAACUUUGUAUCAUCUGGACUGCAACACUGCUUUAACAUGCAUCUUCACUGCCUCCACAGAGUAAAGUGUCCGUCAUCCACUCAGCCAACAUCCUGCCAAAUUGUGGACAUAAGAACUUAGCAUUGUUUAUGAAUCAUAAUUAAGUUGCAGAGAAUUGUGUUUACACAGCAGAAACUUUAAUGGAGCAAGUAUCUAAUAGUUGUCAGCCUCAUCAAUAUGCACCUCAAUAAAAGGCAACUGAUCUCUGUCA